GGGUAAAAGUAAAUGGGCCAAGCAGCAGUCUCAUUCUUGCUGUGUGAGAUCACGGAGAGGCAGAAUGUGUCGGGAUCUGCACGACUACUGAAAACAAGACUGAACAAGACACAAGGACAGACACAGAGAGGAAAAAGGAGGGAGGACAGAAGGACAUAGGGAGGAAGGAAGGAAGGAGGGAGGGGGAGGAGACCUGGAGGAGUUUUUGGGAUCUUUUGGGAUCUACUCUCAGCAAAGGAAUCGAGUUGGCAAAGUGUCUCACAGGGGCUGAGCUACAGCCCUGCCCUGGAGUCAGCACAGCCGCCUCACUGCAGCAGGGACAAAAUGAACUAUCUGAACGUGUUGGCCAAGGCGUUGUAUGACAAUGUGGCGGAGUCUCCGGACGAGCUGUCUUUCCGUAAGGGUGACAUAAUGACGGUGUUGGAGCGUGACACGCAGGGUUUGGAUGGCUGGUGGCUCUGCUCCCUCCACGGUCGCCAGGGCAUUGUCCCCGGCAACCGUCUCAAAAUCCUUGUCGGCAUGUACGACAGCAAGCAGCAGCAACAGGCUACACCUUCUACUCCAGAGCCAGCAGCUUCCUGUCCCUCUUCCCAGGUGCAGAGACCCCUCCCGCCUCUGAGCGCCUACGCCAAUCCAGCACCUGCUCCGUCAUUGGCUGCCAUAACUGCUUCCUCCUCCGGCUUUCCCAAGAAGCCCCUCCCCUCAGCUCAGUACACGUCUAUGCAUCCGGCCUAUUCCGCCCCCAGCCCCGCACAGCCCAACCCUGACUCCGUCUACAUGAUGCCCCCCUCCCACGGCCCAAAACCAAGUCCACAGAGUCUGUACCAGAUCCCCUCUGGCCCAAGUGGACUUCCCCCAGGACCCCCCAGCAAGGCCUCAGCUCUAGCCCAGAGACAGUACCAGCUGCCUGGGCAGGACAUCUACCAGGUGCCCCCCUCUGUAGGGCCGGUGCCAGGCCAGGGAGCGGCCCCAACCGGGGGGACAGGAGCUGGGCAGGAUGUGUACCAGGUGCCGCCCUCCCUGGAUAAGAGGAACUGGGAGAGCAGCAACAAGCCACUGGGCAAGGUAAGGAUGGAAGGAAGGAACUGUCUCUCUAGAGAGACCUUAUUGGAUGGAGAUAGUAUGAAAGGCGGGUGA